AUGGAAGUUUGUCACUCUCCACACCAAUCCAAUGUCACUUUAUAUGGAGCCAUGUUUGUGGCCAUCAUCACAGUGGAGACAUUUGCUGGCAUGUGGAUAAAUGCUUUCAUUGUUUGUGUGAUCAGCAUUGCCUGGGUCAAGAAGAACACCCAUAUGAACUCUAAUGAGAAGAUCUUGCUGCUUCUUGGAGGUUCCAGGUUUUGCUUUUUGUGCUUCUCAUGGAUAUAUUCCUUUCUUUCAACAAUUUAUCCCUAUUAUCUUCUGGUUCAUCCCAUAAUGCAACUACUUCUCGGGGCUGGUAGCACUUUUAAUUGUUCCAACUUAUGGGUUUCUGCCUGUCUUUUUGUUUUUUACUGUAUAAAAAUUGCCAAUUUCAGAAGCAGGUUCUUCAUCUACCUGAAAGUAAAAAUUGACAGGUUUGUGCCAUGGCUUUUGUUGGGAUCAGAGAUUUACUCCUUGGGUAUUGGAAUUCUUGGCUAUAACAUUAUUGAUAAAGCUGUUUGUGAAAACAUCAAUUUCACCUGUCAAGGAAGAUUUUGGAAAGCUAAUAUCAGACUAGAGGAACAAUUUUCCCCUCUUUAUUUUCCCUUUGGCUUUGUAUAUAUCACUACAUUCACUGCAGUCAUCUCUUCUACCCUUCUCCUUCUCUUUUCUCUCUGGAGACACAAACGCAACAUGCAGACAAACUCCAUGAGCAGCCUCAGCAUGGAUGCCCACAUCAAAGCCAUGAAAUCUAUUCUCUCCUUCUUAGUCAUGUACAGCAUCAACUUUAUAACAUUGAUUGUGACAAUGAUUUAUUCCACAAAGGAAGAGAAACCCAUGAUGUUUCUUAUUUUUGUGUUUCUGUAUGCUUUUCCAGGUGUUCAUUCCCUUAUUCUGAUUUUCAGCAAUCCCAAGCUGGUAAAGAUAUUGCUAAGGAUUCUGAUGUAUGUGAAGUCCAGGGUUUGCAUGAAGUAG